UGUAUAAGUGCAGCACCAGCGGCACAGCUGUUUCCCUCAUGACGGAUCGCGUCCGCUUGUAUCCACUUUGUAAGAGUCUCAAACGCUCGCUACAAAUACAGCGGGAAAAGGAAACGGGACGACCGACGGCCGCAACGGCGAACGGAAGGAAGAAACAAGGAAAGAAGGAGCGGCCGGCGCUUGCGCCGCGACGUCGACGUCGACGUCGACGUAGCCCCUCGUCGACGCCCACGAUUCUGAUCGUGAAUGAACGAAACGGAGUCAGUUCGCAUCCAGGCGUUAACUAUCGACGGCGGUACGUCCCGGUGAGCACUUCCCGAGGGAGAGGAUAUCAGCCGCCGUUCACCGAUCUUUCACCUUCGACCAUGCGGCUCUUGCGAUCCUCAAGCGACCUACCGAUCAUCCGAUAG